AUGGCAGUAAAGCGUCUAGCUGAGACGUAAAAUUGUUAAAACUGAAAAGAAGAAGAAGAAUCUAAAGUUAUGACCGGAAGUCAUUUUUUUCUGGCUCACGCUGCUGAGGAACCUUGCAGUACACAGUCACAUUAGCUAUUUCCUUGUUGAGCUUGAAGAGAUGAUCAAACAAGACACAGAAGAGUCUGCCACACAGAGCAGUGAGGACACUCCACCAACAGCAGGAGGGAUGGAGUCACCUGCAGCUGCAAAAGACAGCUUGGACAGCAACAGCCCCAAAGAGUCUGAACCACAGACACCGCAGACCGACACACCUCCACAAAGCGACGAUGCAGGUAGUGAAGUUGCAGAAGCAGCACGGUCUCAGUGUGACAUGGCAGAGGAACUGAGCCGGCAGCUGGAGGACAUCCUCAGCACCUACUGUCGGGAAAGCCUUUCAGACGAUGGCAGCACGCUGCCCAAUGGCCAAUCACACAGCCCAGAGCUCAAUGGGCUGACCAGGGAGGACGACAAGCCAGAGGGGGGCAAGGUCAACGGCUCAAACAAUGGCAUGGAGAAGGAGCAGAGGAAGACUCAGGAGAAGAAAAAAGUGAAGGGUUUAGGCAAAGAGAUCACUGUCCUCAUGCAGACCCUGAACACGCUGAGCACUCCAGAGGAAAAGCUUGCAGGACUCUGUAAGAAAUAUGCUGAACUGCUGGAAGAGCACCGUAACACCCAGAAGCAGAUGCGAGUGCUGCAGAAGAAGCAGAACCAGCUGGUCCAGGAGAAAGACAACCUGAGGAACGAACACAGCAAGGCCAUCCUGGCUCGCAGCAAGCUGGAGAGUCUCUGCAGGGAGCUGCAGAGGCACAAUCGCACACUCAAGGAAGAAGGGAUGCAAAGAACACGCCUGGAGGAGGAGAAGAGAAAGGAAGUGACUUCCCAUUUCCAGGUGACACUGAAUGACAUCCAGGCACAGAUGGAGCAGCACAACGAGAGGAACGCCAGUCUUCGACAAGAGAACACAGAGCUGGCUGAGAAACUGAAGAAGCUGUAUGAACAGUACAAACUACGAGAAGAGCACAUAGACAAAGUGGUAAAGCACAAAGACCUGCAGCAACAGCUGGUGGACGCCAAGCUGCACCAGGCCCAGGAGCUGCUGAAGGAGUCAGAGGAGCGCCACGACAGAGAGAAAGAAUUUCUGCUGAAAGAAGCAGUAGAGUCUCAAAGGAUGUGUGAACUGAUGAAGCAGCAGGAAGUUCACCUCAAACAGCAGCUGUCACUGUACACAGAGAAGUUUGAAGAGUUUCAGACCACUUUGUCCAAGAGCAACGAGGUCUUCACCACAUUCAAACAGGAAAUGGAGAAGAUGACGAAGAAGAUCAAAAAGCUGGAGAAGGAGACAGCUAUGUAUCGGUCCAGGUGGGAGAGCAGCAACAAGGCUCUUCUGGAGAUGGCAGAAGAGAAAUCUGUGCGGGAACGAGAGUUCGAGGCACUUCAGGGUAAAGUCCAACGGCUUGAGAAGCUGCGACGGGCACUAAAAGUGGAACGCAACGAGCUCAACAAGAAGGUUCAGAACCUCAGUGACGCAAACAGCGGCACAGCAGGAGCCCCCAUCUCCGACCCAGGAACUGACUCCCCCUCUCCUCCACCUACAGACUCUUUGCUGGAGCCCAGCAGCCACCCCAUCCCAAAUGCCACCCCCUGCUCCCAGUCCUGCCACUGUGAGCCUGAACUGGACACAGACACCCUACUCGAAGGGGCAAAAGCUCAGCCAGUCGCUGCACAGGAAUGAAUUAACCCUGCUCACCUUCUCCUCUCCCCCCCUCCAGCAUCAAGCCACCAAACAAUAAGCCACCAGCCUGCAAGCCACUUCUCUUCUGCUGGAUGAAGCUCAUGUUAAACACUGGUCCAGAAGCAGAGCAUAUAGCAAGGUUAACUUGUGUCCUCCCAACAUGCUCUGCAGGAUAUAAAAGGUGAUUUGAAAAUAAAGCCUCAUUUGUCAGUACAUUUACAUGCACACCAUAACUCAGUUACUGUGAACAACCCGAUUAAGGUAAUAGUUUGAUUAGGUGAUUUGCAAUAAGUUCAUUUUCCUAAUAAUCAAAUUUUCAUGAUCCAUUUAUUAGUGUGGGUAAUUUUCCCAGGCAGCCUACAGCAGACACCUUAUUAGCGUCACAAAGUAGAGGAGUAAAAUUAGGGGAUUUUGUUUUUGGCGUUAGUAUUUUCAAGUUGAUUAGUAAUUUAAUUUAUGAGUAUUAAAAUUGACACUUUUUUGUUGACACUCCAAAAAUUGUGCUGCACGUGCUGCUGUUUGUGUACAGAAACAUGGCUUUCAGUCUACAAUCUCUGGCAUAUGCAGUGAGUCGAAAUCCAGCUGUCCUGUUACACUUGCUCCAACUUAAAGCUUAGCUUGAUGCAGUGAUAGUUGCAUGUAAUAACAUAAUUAUUAGUGUGCAUGUAAAUGCACAAACUACCUCUAUGCUGUGUUGUUUUACCACACUUUCCCUUUUUUGACUGGCAUCAAACACAGAGCUGCUUGGGAUGACACAAGACAAACAUACGGCAAGAGGAGUCAUCAGAAGUUGAGUGUGUGUGUGUAUGUGUGUGUGUGGGGCCAAUCAGGUUGCCUCAUGUGGAUCAUUAGUGUCGAUGUGGAAUGUUGAACGGGAGUUGAUUGUCUUAAGAGAUCAUUUCUUAAUUUCUUUUGCUAAUCCAAUUCUGAAUAACAUAAAGAUAAUAUAGGAUUCUAGAAGUUAAUUUCACAUUCUGAUCCAUCCUGAUUCAUCUUCCUCGUAGACCAGGUUCCUUUGUUUUCUUGUUUGCAUUGGGCCUCUCCAUAUGCACAGUGUUUGAUUUUUGUGGUCUGUAUUUAUUAUUUGAAGCAUAAUCUCUGAUAUUAAAAUGUAUGUGUCUUACAGAGUACCACUUUAAAAUAAAUCAGUUUAUUUUCAUUCAUUUAUUAAAUGUAUAAAAGUGUUACUUUAAUGACCAAUGUUUCAUUCCUAACCUGUCUGGUUUUAGUUGAUCUGUUGUGUUUUACAUGCUCUUAAGUCCACUUAUAACCUUGUGAUGAUGACCACUUUAAAUUUGUUCAACUAAGUGUGUGUGUGUGUGCGCGUGUGCCCAUGUGUGUCGCUAUGAUUGUCUCCUCCCAGUCCUGAUAAUUGCAGUAGCUUGUAAUCAGGUUUUAACUUGAGAAUGUUCACGACCUCUAUGCAACGCUUGCCUCUUGUUUUUUUUUUUCUGUGGCAGUUUGAACUGACGAGCACUUAGCUGAGAAUGUAUGUUCAUUAUAUCCUGCAUGGAUGUAUUGUAUUAACAGACAACAUAACUCACAGCCGAACUCAAUUUUUUGCUUAGGUUUGAACCCUGUUAAUUGCCUCUCAAUUGCUGUUUGACAUUGAGCCGAAUAUUGUGCAUCUCUCUGAUGGUUUUAAAAGGUGCAGUAACUGAGCCAAGUGAGAAUAAGGAGGGAAAAUUGGGAAAAUGUUAUUGGAUUUCUAAAUUGUAGUUUAACUCCCAGCUUUGUCAUUUCUCCUCAGACAUUUUAUGUACCACUUGAAAUGUAGCAUUGAUAACAAGGUGUCAACUUAUAAACUCAGACAUUUCAACUUAAAUAGAAAUGGCAAACCUAAUUUCUUCUGUUGUCUCACAGGACAGAUUCAUCUGGUUCAGUGGUGGAUGUGGAGGUUCAUUAACCAUGAGAAGGAACCAAAGAUGUUUCCUUUUUUGUCUUUUGCAGUACUUUUAUCUUGCCCUGUAUAUUUUGUUUCUUGUUAAAUAAAAGAUGUAACAUU